UUCCUGCGGGGCAGCGGGACACGGACCGGGCGGUGAUGGAGCUGCUGGUCCUGCUGGUGCUGCUGGGGCUGCGGCCAGCCCGGGAGGCGGCUCCGACCCAGACCCGCACGCGCUGCGCUAUUUCUACACGGCAGUGUCGGAGCCCGGCCCGGGGCUGCCCCCGUUCAUCACAGUCGGGUACGUGGACGAUCAGCUGUUCAUGGACUACGACAGCGAGCGGCGGAGCGCGGAGCCCCGCGCGGAGUGGAUGGCGCGGAGCGAGGGGCCGCAGUACUGGGACGGGCAGACCCAGGGCUUACAGGGCUCACAGGUCGUGUUCCAGGUGGACCUGGACACCCUGCGCGGGCGCUACAACCAGAGCGGGGGCUUUCAUACCCUCCAGGUGAAGUACGGCUGUGAGCUACGAGAUGAUGGCACCAUUGCGGGGUUUGAGCAGUACGCAUAUGAUGGGGGAGACUUUCUCAGCUUUGAUACAAAGACCCACACCUGGGUAGCAGCAGCCAGAGAGGCCGAGAUCACCCAGCACAGAUGGAAUGAGGAUAAGGCCUAUCUUCAGCAAGAGACAGCCUACCUGGAGCAGGAGUGCAUUGAGUGGCUGCAGAAAUACCUGGCGUACGGGAAGGAGACACUGCAGAGAAGAGAGCCACCGCGGGUGCAGGUGAGCGACCGGCCGAGCCGGGACGGGCUCACCACCCUCUCCUGCCACGUCCACGGCUUCUACCCGCGGAGCGUGGCUGUCAUGUGGCUGAGGAAGGGGGUGGCCGUGCCGCAGGACACAAACCGUGGGGAUGUGCUUCCCAGCGGGGACGGGACCUACCAGACCCGGGCCACCAUCGAGAUCGACCCCAGCAGUGAGACCGAUUAUACCUGCUGCGUGGAGCACCCCAGCCUGGCUGCAGAUCUGAGAGUGCCCUGGGCGCCCAAGUCCAACGUGAUGCUGAUCGUGGGUGUCGUUAUCGGGGUUCUCGUGCUGGUCGCUGCCAUCACUGGAGCCGUUGUCUUCCUCAGGAAGAAGAACAGCGGCUACAAAGCAGCUGCAGCUCACGAAGGCUCUGCCAGCUCCGGAAGAGAUCAGGGAUUGGAUGCUGGUGUCAAGGGCCCGGCGGGGCCAGGGUUCAGCCCUGCUCCCACUGUUAGUAGCUGGGCAUUGGCUUCAGUUCUCGCACUGCAGGGACCAGAUGGCUGGCACCUGGCUGCAGAUGUCCCAGCCAGACGAUGGGGGAAGGAGCUAAUUCCUGAAAUGGAUAUGGGGGCAGUGAUGGCCCUGGCACUGCACCUGCUGCUGCUGGGGGCUGUGCCCAGCCAGGGGAGUGGCUCCGAUCUGCACUCGCUGCGCUAUUUCUACAUGGGGGUGUCAGAGCCUGGCCCCAGGCUGCCCCAGUUCAUCGCGGCCGGCUACGUGGACAACCAGCCCGUCAUUGCCUACACCACCAAGACAAAGAACGCGGAGCCCAGAACAGAGUGGAUGGCGAGGAACCUGGACCCGGCGUACUGGGACCGGGAGACACGGAUCUUCCAGGUCAAUAAGGCCAGGUUCAGAGAUGCUGUGGAGACGCUGAGAAACCGCUACAACCAGAGCAGGGGGUUUCACACCUGGCAGUUCAUGGCUGGCUGUGAGUUACCGGAUGGCAGAAGCACCGGUGGGUACUGGCAGUACGGCUACGAUGGAAGAGACUUUAUCAGCCUGGAUAAGGAGACCCUGACCUGGACAGCCGCAACGCCAGGAGCACAAGUCACCAAGGGGAAGUGGGAGGCUGAUAGGAGCUUGGCAGAGGAUGGCAAGCGGUAUCUGGAGCAGAACUGUGUCGAGGAGCUCAGAAAGUACCUGGAGUACGGGAAGGAGACUCUGCAGAGGAAAGAGACCCCGGAAGUGAAGGUGUUGGCCAAGGAAGCCCCCGAAGGCCCCACCACCCUCUCCUGCCGGGCCCACGGCUUCUACCCCCGGGACAUCGCCAUCACCUGGGUGAAAGAUGGGGAGACCAGAGACCAGGAGACGCAGCGAGGGGGCAUUGUGCCCAACGGGGACGGGACCUACCACACCUGGGCGACCACAGAGGUAGAUCCCAAGGAGACAGACCUGUACAGGUGCCGAGUGGAGCACGAGAGCCUGAGGAAGCCCCGUGAUUUCUUUUGGGUUAAGGACAAGCCCAACUCCUCGCUGAGCCCCAUCAUGGUUGGAGUUAGUGCUGUCCUCACCCUGGUCGCGGGUGUGAUAAUCAGAGUCAGCGUCUGGAGAAGGCAGUCAGGCAACAGCUCUGGACAGAUGAGGGCAGAUUCUCCGGCUGCUCUGGACUCCCAGGACAACAGCAGCAAUGCAGACCCAGAAUCCGAGCCCACAGUCGGUGCUGGUGGCCAAGAGCGACUAUUUCCGCGCGUGCUCGUCCCCGGACAUCCUGUGGGGAAGGGGGUGAGCUACGGGGCGCUGCGCCUGCUCAUCGACAGGGUGGUCGUGGGCGAGGUACCCCACAACCUGGCCGAGGUGGUCAGCAGCGCCCGCGUGCUGCAGAUGCCCUGCACCCUGCACUGUGCGGCUGAGGCCAUGCGGGCCCAGCUGCGCCUCCACAACUGCACCCAGCUGCUCUCCCACCAAAGCUCCCAGCCACUGAACACUGAUGCCGUCAGCACCAGCAUGAGACUCGCGAGCGUGGGGCCCGAGCUGGCCCAGCAGCUGACCUGCACCUAUGGGCCUGGCACCCAGCCCCCAGCAAAUGCCCACAAAGCUCAGUGCCCACAGCACUAA